UUUUGGGCCCGUUUCGGAGACUGCGGGGGUGUUGUCACCAUGUUCCUGUCCACGGUCACCUUUGCCAAGAGCAAGUCAAAAACCAUUCUGGUCAAAAUGCUGAGCCAAGCUGGAACAGGUUACUCCUUCAACACUAAGAGAAGCCGACUACGGGAGAAACUCACUCUCUUACAUUAUGACCCAAUUGUGAAAACAAAAGUCCUCUUUGUGGAACAGAAGAAAAUACGCUCCCUCUAAACAAUGGAUUGAAAAUGAAUUUGAUUUAUAAAUGAGAAGACUAAGGGCGGGAUACUGAUUCAGAAAUUCUGCAGUGUGUAAUAAAAGAAGAGGAAAUAGCACGGAAUCACUGCCUCCUGUGAUUUGAAGGCCAUUGUGAAGAAAAAUAAUGUAC